UGCUGUCCCGUCGCUCUUUCUGACUUUCUGCCGCCUUGUCGAGUGGAGACACGAUGGCUUCUCGCACGUCUCCUGCCCUGUCCAGUCCACAUCUGUCUGCGCAGAGGCCGGUGGUCCUUCAUAAGAUAGCCGCCAGCCCACUGGCCGGCCGACAUGUUUCAGGCAUCAGGAUUCACGGGACAAAGCCAUACCACUUGCCAGGUGUGGCAACCAUCGAUCAUGGAUAUUGCUGCCCUGGGUCUACAGGGGAUUUGAUUUCCAACCUGGACCGCUUUGAGCUUGAGCCUCAUUCAGCCAAGGUGUCCCAAAGGCUACCCAAAGUGAAAGAGCCAAGAAGAGAAGAAAAUGAUGGAAUGAAAUCAAAAGUCAUCUCAUUCAUGAAGGUUCCAAUGAUGUUCCUCUUCCUCUACAUGUUUGUCUGCUCCCUUGAUGUUCUCAGCUCAGCAUUCCAGUUGGCCGGAGGCAAAGUAGCAGGAGACAUCUUUAAAGAUAAUGCCAUCCUGUCCAACCCAGUUGCUGGGCUGGUGGUGGGUAUCCUAGUCACUGUAUUGGUGCAAAGCUCCAGCACCUCGACAUCUAUCAUCGUCAGCAUGGUAUCCUCUGGAUUGCUUGACGUCAACUCUGCCAUCCCAAUCAUCAUGGGCUCCAACAUUGGCACUUCAGUCACAAACACCAUUGUGGCCCUGAUGCAAGCUGGAGACAGGGAGGAAUUCAAGAGGGCAUUCGCUGGAGCAACUGUCCACGAUUGCUUCAACUGGCUUUCAGUACUGGUUCUGUUGCCUAUCGAAGUGGCCAGUGGCUUUUUGAAUUGGCUCACUAAGACAGUAGUGGAAAGCUUCAAGCUAGAAAGUGGAGAGGAUGCGCCGGAACUGCUUAAAGUUAUUACGGAGCCUUUCACUAAGCUCAUCAUACAGCUGGAUCAAUCAGUCAUAACCGGAAUUGCAACAGGAGAUGAGAGUCUGCGAAAUAAGAGUCUGGUGAGGGUCUGGUGCAAAUCCAGAGCUUACAUGUCCACUUUUAAUAUUAGCGUGGCCAACCCGGUGAACUGCAGUGCUUCACAGUCGUGUUGGAAAGAGGGGAACGUAACCUGGAUGAGCAUCAACCAGAGCCAUGAGAUCAACACUGAAAAGUGUAAGCACCUGUUUGUGAACUCCAGCAUGUCUGACUUGGUGGUCGGCCUCAUCCUUUUGGCAGCCUCACUGGUGGUUUUAUGCACUUGCCUGGUUCUGCUGGUCAAGCUGCUCAACUCUGUGCUGAAGGGACAGGUGGCUAAAGUGAUUCAAAAGGUCAUCAAUACAGAUUUCCCAUAUCCAUUUGGAUGGUUAACCGGAUACAUGGCCAUGGUGGUGGGCGCAGGGAUGACCUUUGUUGUGCAAAGCAGUUCUGUGUUUACUUCAGCGAUUACUCCACUAAUUGGUAUUGGGGUCAUCAGUAUCGAAAGAGCCUACCCUCUCACCCUUGGCUCCAACAUUGGCACCACUACCACUGCCAUCUUGGCUGCACUUGCAAGUCCUGGAGACAAACUGGCUGCAGCAUUUCAGAUUGCUCUUUGCCAUUUCUUCUUCAACAUUUCUGGCAUCUUCCUCUGGUACCCUGCCCCAUUCAUGAGAUUCCCCAUCCGUAUGGCAAAAACACUCGGAGAAAGAACGUCCAAGUACCGCUGGUUUGCUGUUCUCUACCUGAUCAUCUGCUUCCUCCUUCUUCCGUCACUGGUCUUUGGCCUUUCCAUGGCAGGUUGGCAGGUCAUGGUAGGAGUUGGAGCACCAUUUGUUGGAAUUCUCUUCUUUAUUGCAAUCAUCAACUGCUUGCAGAACAGGAGCCCAGAUCACUUGCCAAAGAAGCUGCAGACAUGGGACUUCCUUCCCAGGUGGAUGCGCUCCCUGAAGCCAAUGGACUCCUUCAUCACUAACGCCACUCUGUGCUGCACAGACCACUGCAAGUGUGCGAAGGACGCCGCCAUUCACGACCCUUUCUCAGAAAUGUCCCCACAACUGAAAGCCAAAAUGGCAUAUGACAACCCCGCCAUUGCAUAUAUCGAGGAGAGCCCGGCAGGCACUCCAAUUCUUAUGCUACGAGGACUACAGAGGCAAAGCAGCACAGCGCUCUAGAUAGACAUUUUAUCACACCACCAAACAGUGCUAGGGGAGCAGACCACCGCUCCUUCACUCAAAGAUACAGACAGACUUACAAAGCGACUAAGAUGACGUGUGUCUUCUGCUGAGCUUGAUAUUUUGACCUACCUGAUUAUUUCAACAUGCCCCAGAGGACAAUGGCUAUGUCUCUGUCACUGUAUUGUAAGCUUUUAGUGUCAUAAGUAUAGUGAACUGUUACAUUUUAUUGCCUGUAUAGAAAUUAAUUAUAACUACUUAGAGACUCAAGUGUAUGUACGCAAUAUCUGGAAUGAUUAUGAUGUUCCGCACAAAGAUAUCCUUAGGCAGUAUAUGUGUGCCUUCAGACACAACAACCAGACCCCCUGCUACAUGACCCCCAAAAGGGAAACAAAUCAAAGCAGGGAAAUCUCAACCAUUGAGGAAACUAGAAAUUCAGCACAAAGUAUAAAAGAAUUUACAACUUAGUGAACAUCAAGAAUGCCAUGGAAGAAGAGUACCACAAGUCCACAGUGCAUCACUACACACAAAAAGAGAUGUGGAGAUGGAAACCCCCUAUUCCAAAACGUGAUUGUAAGUAGAAAGCGAAGUCCUUCACAGUAGGUGCCCAAAGUACAAGUACCACCAAUUCUCUGUCUAGAAAGGUUCACCAACGCAUUACGGAGGUCAUAUUCCCAAUUUUCUCUGGGCGACAGGACUUUCUGAACAAAAAUUUGGGGAACUUUUAAAGAUCAGGGCCUCAGUUAUAAGAGUCGGCAACCUGGGAAAGGAGGGUUAUGAUAAUCUGCUUGGAAGUUGGUAGUGAUGGGAAGUUCGGAUCAUUUUACUGACUCAGACCUUUGAGUCUCGUUCAGCAA